GGCUCCUUCAUCCUCCGGUCAGAUCCGCUGCCCCGCCCCCACCCAGACCAACACUCAUCCAGGGAUCCAGCCUCACGUCGUCACCGUCGGGAGCUAAACAGGGAGGGAUCACCGGGAUCGGGAACACUUCAGCCGCCGCUGGUCUGGUGUCGAACACAAACCACCACCUGCGUUGACAUUAUUUCUAACGAGGGAACAUCGUGAACAUACCGGGGGUGCUGGAUACCGGGAGGACGUCAUGGGAGAGCUCACGGCGUUUCUGCUGGUACUGGUGGCGACCUUGACGCUUUCAUCCGAGGUGCCUGCUGAUGACUCUGUGGGUUUGCUAACUGAGCCCCAGGUGGCCAUGUUCUGCGGGAAGCUGAACAUGCACAUCAAUGUGCAGAGUGGCAAAUGGGAGUCUGACCUCUCCGGCACCAAGAGCUGCAUCGGCACCAAGGAGGGCAUCCUGCAGUACUGCCAAGAGGUGUACCCAGAGUUGCAGAUCACAAAUGUUGUGGAGGCCAACCAGCCCGUCAGCAUCCAGAACUGGUGCAAGAAAGGCCGCAAGCAAUGCCGCAGUCACACACACAUUGUGGUGCCAUACCGCUGCCUGGUUGGGGAAUUUGUGAGCGACGCGCUGCUCGUUCCUGACAAGUGUAAGUUCCUGCACCAGGAGCGUAUGGACCAGUGUGAGAGCCACCUGCACUGGCACACUGUCGCCAAAGAGUCCUGUGGAGACCGCUCCAUGAAUCUCCAUGACUACGGGAUGCUGUUGCCAUGUGGCAUCGACCGUUUCCGAGGGGUGGAGUUUGUCUGCUGUCCGGCGGAGGCGGAGCGGGAGUCAGACAGCACGGAGCUUGAAGGGGAGGAGUCAGACGUCUGGUGGGGCAGAGCUGAGACCGAAUACUCUGAUAACAGCAUGCCGCGUCCGGCAGACACAGAGCCAGCCACCGCUGAGGAUGACGAAGACGAAGACGAGGACGAAGAGGCGGAGACUUUUGAAAGGGAUGAGAACGGGGAUGGCGACGAAGAUGAGGAGGAGGACGAGGAAGACGACAACGACGACGACGACGAUGACGACGUGACCGAUGAACGAGAUAGCGAUGAGCGUAAUGCUAACAUCGCCAUGACAACCACCACCACCACCACCACUGAAUCAGUUGAGGAAGUCGUUCGAGCCGUUUGUUGGGCUCGUGCUGUGUCAGGACCGUGUCAUGCCAUGCUGAAGCGUUGGUACUUCCAGCCUGAGAAGGGCCGCUGUGUUCCCUUCUUGUUUGGGGGAUGUGGGGGCAACAGGAAUAACUUUGACUCGGAGGAGUACUGCCUAGCUGUCUGCAGCAGCUCGUUGCCCACCAUGGCCCCCAGUCCUCCAGAUGCCGUGGAUCGGUACCUCGAAUCCCCCGGGGACGACAGCGAACACUCUGACUUCCAGAAGGCCAAGGAAAGCCUGGAGGCCAAACACCGUGAAAAGAUGUCCCAGGUGAUGAGGGAGUGGGAGGAGGCUGAGAGGCAGGCCAAGAGCCUUCCUCGUGCUGACAAGAAAGCUGUCAUCCAGCACUUCCAGGAGAAGGUGGAGGCUCUGGAGCGGGAGGCAGCAGGAGAGAGGCAGCAGCUGGUGGAAACCCACAUGGCCCGAGUGGAAGCUCUGCUCAACAGCCGCCGGCGUCUGGCUUUGGAAAAUUACCUCAGUUCCCUACAGGCCAACCCUCCACGGGCUCGUCAGGUGUUGAGCCUGCUGAAGAAGUACGUCCGUGCAGAGCAGAAGGACAGGCAGCACACGCUGAAACAUUACGAACAUGUCCGCACGGUGGAUCCCAAGAAGGCUGCACAGAUCCGACCUCAGGUUUUGACCCACCUACGUGUGAUUGAUGAGAGGAUGAAUCAGUCCGUCAGUCUGCUCUACAAAGUGCCCAGUGUGGCGAAUGAGGUCCAAGACCAAGUCUCUGAUAUAAUGACGAAGGUUCAGUCGGAGCUGUCUCAGCAAGUCUCUUCCCUGCAGAGCGAUGGGCGGGUGGACGGCAGGGUGAGUUACGGUAACGACGCUCUGAUGCCCGAUCAGGCCUACAGCUCUGCUCCUCUGGACCCUGGCCUGGACGGACUGGGCUUCAUCCACCCUGAAAGCUUCAACCAGGCCAACACAGAGAACCACGUUGAGCCUGUUGAUGCUCGUCCAAUCCCAGAUAGAGGACUCCCCACACGACCUGUAUCUGCCCUGAAGCCAGAGGAGAUGCCAGAAGUGCGGAUGGACACUGAAGAGAGGCAAAGUGCUGGUUAUGAAGUUUACCAUCAAAAACUGGUGUUUUUCGCCGAGGAUGUGGGGUCCAAUAAAGGUGCCAUCAUUGGACUUAUGGUUGGAGGGGUUGUCAUAGCAACUAUCAUCGUCAUUACCUUGGUGAUGCUGAGGAAGAAACAAUAUACUUCUAUUCAUCAUGGUGUAAUUGAGGUCGAUGCAGCAGUGACACCAGAGGAGCGUCAUCUGGCCAAGAUGCAGCAGAACGGCUACGAGAAUCCCACCUACAAAUUCUUUGAGCAGAUGCAGAACUAAAGAACUGCUCAUCAGCAUUUUUCCCCAGAUGUACCCCCACACUCUCACUCAUAAGGUCUGUUCCUUUACGGUCCUUUGCCCUCAGCUCCUACACCCUCACUUUCUCACCCUCUCUUGCUUGAAAGUUAGGAAAAGAUAAGUGACAUCUUUGUAUCGUUUAUGUCUCAGUCAGGGGUUUGGGCCAAAGGAAAAUGACAUGGAACAAAGCCUUCUUAAUCCCUAAAGAGCCACACUUGAGCUUACAUUUACCUGCAAUUGAUCAGACAAGGGUACCCUGUUUCACCUGCACAUUUCAACCAAACGCAACAAAAACUUCAUAGUGUUUGUACUGAAAAACCCAGUUGAAGAUUUAUAUGAAGUCUCGCAGCUGGUACCAGAAACAUGUAAAUCCAGGCAGUUUAAUUCCCAGUCCUCCAUCAACGCUCCAACUGUUUGUUCCAUUUUCCUCAAACCCCCCCCCCCCAACACACACUCUCCGUUGACAGCUUUGCUGUGUUUGAUGACAUAACAGCUCAUAGAGCUGGCAAUGGGCAGAGGGGCUCUCAGAGCGCCUCUCUGCACGAUUAAAGCCCAACUGUUUCAGGUUUGUUUUACAAAAAAGGAAGAAAAAAAAACGCAGAAAAAUUAUACAUAAUCAAAAUAUGUAAAAGUUCAAGAAUAUUGAAUGUUUUUGUUUUCUGAUUUUUUUAUGUGUAAUAUAUUAAGACAGAGAUUAGCUGUAAGUAUAUGUAGUGCAUGGCAAUAUUGAUGACAGAUACAGUAUACUGUAUGUCGAGGUCCUCGGGAGCGGUCCUCUUACUAGAUAUUUUAGCAGGAUUGUACAUUUCUAGUGUCUUCUUUGUGAUCUUGUGAUAUGAAGAAGGAAAAAGAGUAUUCAGAACCCGGUCUGCUUUGUUGUCACACAGACUUGCUUUAACUGAAUCUUGGCUCGUUGCGCUCAUCUCCAUGCUUCACUGUUGUGUUAGCUGCAUGGGCAAAAUGCUCUAUAUGUAAUAUAUGAAGUGUAAUAGUAUCCGAAAGGAAGACUAUUUUGUUACUGUUUGCGUUCUAUGCACUCUGUCAUUUUGAAGUCUGAUUAUUAUCACCAAAUAUUAUUGCUGUUAAGUCCCUGAUGCCAAUUCACGCUGUUGCUGCACAUUGGGUUUUUAUUAGGAGGAGGAGGUCAAACUUUAGAAAGGAGGUUUUCUGAAAGUGCAUCAUUCCAGAUUUAUCAUUCCACUCUCUCUCGACUGUAAAUAUUUGGAAAAUGGAGAUCCGGCUCUCAGUGGCCUAGUUUCAUUCUCAAGAUCCACCUCUCAGUCUUUUCCUUUUGUUCAUGUAUUCUUCAGUCUUUUUUUCUGACCCCCGUUUAUCCUCUCUUUCUGGCUAUGUCAGCAAUAUUGUACAGCGCAGCACUUGGGAGUAUUUGCUAAAAAGACGGUAUUUGUUGGGCCUACAGAGAUCAAACGUUUUUUCCUCUUCACACACAUUCCUUCACCAAAUUUCACAUACACAUUCUAUUUUUCUACAUUUCCUGUGUGUAUACAUGUACAGUGCUUCUGUUCGUCCUGUGAUGUAUAUUUCUUUGCCUGCAUAUCUGUUGUCAAGACUCUUAACGGUCCUCAUGAAGAAGCAGUAAAGAAUUACCAUCAACACUGAGAGGAUGAGCACAACUCACAUCAGCAUGGAGACACAUAUCCCUCUCCCUUAAUUAAGUUAUUAACGCCACCUCCAGUAAACAUGAAUGUGACAUGCAUAUUGUGCUUUUAUACCAUAGAAAUACAACACAUAUCACCUCUCUACACAGUAUAUUCACACGUGUACAGACACUAACUGAAGCUCUUAAUCAGGUGAAUGUUAAAAAAAUUGUAUUGAUGCUCAUUUUGGGUGUCUUUGGAGGCUUGUGUUAAAAAAAAAA